CCUGCAGCCCCUCCAUGAUACUCGUCGCGGUCUCUUCUGCGUGCCAGCUUCCCUUUCUGCCGCGGCCAUGAACGGGGCCGUGGUGAAGAAGACCCAGGACACGCUCGGCCGAGUGAUAAAGAAGCCGCCUCUCACGGAGAAGCUGCUCAACAAGCCGCCGUUUCGGUACCUUCACGACAUCUUCAGUGAGGUCAUCAGGACCACUGCUUUUAUGAAAGGUCUGUACGGAGAAAAUGAAAUCAAGUCGGAUAAUGUCAAGGAGAAGGACUCCAAGAUUGUCUUCCUCCAGAAAGCAAUAGAUGUCGUGAUGCUGGUGAGCGGCGAGCCCCUGGCGGCAAAGCCGGCACGCAUUGUGGCCGGACACGAGCCUGAGAAAACCAACGAGCUGCUGCAGGCCAUGGCCAAGUGCUGCAUCAACAAGAUGUCCAGUGACGAUGCAGUGAAGCGAGUGCUUGCAGGAGAAAAGGUGGACGUAAAGACCAAGGCCAGCACCUCCAGGUCCCAGGACAAGGAAAACAGGGAGGGACGUGAGCGCCAUCCCGAUAGAGAGGAGAAGAAAACGAUUACGGAGCGCAGCGGGAGCCGGGAGCAGAAGGACCCCGACCCGCCGAAGGACCAGGAGAGCCGGCGCCGAGACGGGGAGAAGGAGCAACGCCGGGAGAAGGAGCGCUCCGAGAAGCACCAGCGCAGUGAACAGGACCACCACGGCAAAGACAAGAGCCGGGAGCGAGACAAGGACAAAGACAAAGGACGAGUUAAAGACCGGGACCAGGAGAGGGACCGAGAGAGGGACAAAGACAAGGAGAGGGACCGAGAGAGGGACAAAGACAAGGAGAGGGACAAAGACAAGGAGAGGGACAAAGACAAGGAGAGGGACCGAGAGAGGGACAAGGAGAGGGACAAAGGCCGAGAUAAGACGAGAGAUUCUCGCGGGGGACGGGAACGAGACAAGGAAAAGCGGCGAGACCGAGACAAGGAGAGGGAGAAAGGGAGAGAGCCACACAAAGAGAGGAACAGAAGUGGAGAGAGUGGCAAUAACAAGGCCAGAGUAUCGGAGGAACCACAGCAACAAGCCAGCCCUGAGCCGAGCAGAACAGCCAAACCUGUCCCAGCGCCUGCCGAAGCGGUUGAGAACCAGUCUGAUAGUCCAGCUAAGAUACCUCGACCUUCAUCUGCCAAAGGGCAAAGGCGGAGACCCAAUAUUGGAGGUCAAGAUGAAUCUGACAGCGAGGGAGACGGAGAUGUUCCGUCCGCCCAGAGACCCGCCCCCCAGGAAAAUGGAGACGAUGCGGACUCCUCGGUGCCGUCGGACAUGGCCUCCAGGCGAAUACCGCGGCCCGGCAGUGCCCGCCCGGCUCCUCCCCGGGUCAAGAAACAGGACGGCUACUCCGACGUGACCCCGGCUGAGAGGCUGUCCAGUGCCAAGCCCUUAGCGCCAGUCAUCAUGGAUGGGAAGAUGCUGUCUGAGGACGAGGAGGAUGGAGAUGAGCAAUUUAUCGUGGAGGAGGCGGUCCCGUCGGCCUCGGACGCUCACGAGGUGGAGGUGGGGAAGGAACUCGACAGUCAAGGCAAACAUGGUGGCCUUGUGAAAAGGAUCCUUGAGACCAAGAAGGACUACGAAUCGUCCCCAUCCUCCCCCAAAUCUAAAGAGCAGAACGUGGUGUCCGAAGCGGCGCGGAAGAAGGAGCGGGACGUGGUGACGCGGGAGAUCGAGCGGCUCCGCGCCUCCAUCCAGACGGUGUGCCGCAGCACGCUGCCCCUGGGGAAGAUCAUGGACUACAUCCAGGAGGACGUGGACGCCAUGCAGGCGGAGCUGCACACCUGGCGGCAGGAGAACAAGGAGCACGCGCAGGCCUUGCUGCAGGAGCAGAGUGCGACCGACAGGGCGGUGGAGCCUCUGAAGUCUGAACUGGUUGAGCUGGAGCAGCUGAUCAAGGACCAGCAGGACAAGAUUUGUGCCGUGAGGUGCAACAUCCUGAAGAAUGAGGAGAAGAUCCAGAAGAUGGUGACGGGGAUCAACUUCUUCUCCCGGGCCUGAAGGGAGAAACGUCUCCGAAGAACAAACCGCACCAAACAAACGCACUGAAGACGUCGGGAUGAGCGGUGUCUCGUUCAGAAUAGCGGUAAGACCUUUUUAAAUAGCUUUUCUUCCUGGAGCGGUAUGGGACCAAACACUGCACUUUGAGGGGUUUUGUCAGAAAAGGAGAUGGACCCCCAACAUAUCAGACCCCAUCAGGUAGGAGACACACGGUCUGACUCUACUCUGAUAUCUGCUGUGACGGACAGACGCAUAAAUUAAUUGAGAAGUAUCUUCCCGCUCUGCACACUAACUUUACCCCUUUUCUCUAACGGUGCCUUUGUGGACUGAGUUCAACUUCAUAGUUCCAUUUAAUGCUGGGUGAGUUCAUCAAAAGCCCCAUAUAUACUCCAAAAUAUACAACAGCGAAACGUAAAAAGUUGAUUUGUUGAUUUGCAGUCUUUUGAUCAAUUUCAUGCUUUUUCCAGGAUGAUUAUUACAUCUGCUGUCGUGCUAUUGACCUCGCUAUACAUAAGUACUGAAAUAUUCCUGCGCUCAAAUACCCGACGGUCUCCUUGACGCGUGUGUUCCAUCAUGCGGCGUCCUGGGAGCUCCGACAUGGCACACCGAGGUUUGUAUUCCGCUUCCAAACAUUUUGACUCGAGCUUCCUUCUUCCUCAAGCUAACCUUCGAAAAAAAGAAAAGAUUUAUUUCGUUUUUCGCCAACUUUUUCCUGCUUCCAACAACCAUAUUUCAUCUUGUAAAAAAUCUCAACUUUAAGAUCCCCGCCUUCUAUUUCUACUCUUGGGUUUGCCAAACUGUUUCUUCAAAAUGUUUGGUCGGAUGGCAACUUUCAUUCCUGUUCUUUAUAAAUAAGAGGGGGAGAAAAAAAAUACCGUCAGGUUGAUAGCUGCUUUUGUGACUUUUAAGAAAUGUGCUUUACAGACGUAGCAAAUAUGACAACGUGAAGCAAUACCAGGAGGAUGAAGAGUAGAGGCGUGAGCCUGGAAGAAACCACGGGCCCAGUUCUCCUUUUAAGCUCCAAUAAAAUGUGAAUCAAAUGCAAAUAACAAAAGCAGCUCGGACUAGUCGGCCGUGAAGUCCUCGCACAGCGGCCCGUUAAAAAACAACAACACUUGGUUGGAUUGAUGAAUCCGUUAUUUGAAUACAUGAUGUUUGUUUUUUUUAUCCACGAAGCUACUUUCUCCAGAUGUGAAUGUGACUAAGUCACUAUGACGAUUUCAAACUUCCUUUUAAAAUGUACUCUCAUUGUUCUUUUUUUUUUCCACAUCAGUAUUAUAUUUAGUCCAUCCAAUAUAAUCAAACCUAUUAAAGUUUCAUUCACAAAUCGUACGUCCACCACUUGCGAGAACCUGCGCGUUCACACGUCUUCAUACGAAACGAUGGAAACUACUUGUAUCGUAAUCUCUCGUCGCUCUAAAGCUGUACACUAUGUAUAUGUGGAGAUUGUAUCAUAGGUCAAAUAAUUAUAUAGUUUUGUAGUGGAGUGAAAUAAAUGGUUACAUUGCAGUAAAUACUGGUUUCUCCUGGUUGUUCUUGAGACUGUUUGCCGAGUGGUUCGGAGAAAGAUCCGGACUCGUACCGGAGACUUCCCGAGAGCCCAGAUGACGAGCCCCCCCCCCCCGCUCUGUGAUUUCAGCCGAUUUCACGUGAAGCCCUCGAGGCGUCUGGCCGAGUCACGCUCUCGACGGGGCUCCUUUUUUCUUCUUUUGAGGCCCAGUACGACAUGACAGAAGCUAAACGUUCAACUUUUUUACAUUUUUUUUUUUUUUAAAGGACCCCUCAAGUAACAUUAGCAGCAACUUUUCCUCCUUUUUCUUUCUGGCAAGCCAUGAAACAGCUGCAACACGCACAAAGCGUAUUGGGAAGCCCUCCUUUCACAACUAUCGAGCAACAUUCGGACGAAGCAUUUGUGAUGCAAGUCGGAGGUUUAUCUGAAGGCCCCCGAGCAGAAGGCACGGACAAAGCCGCAGGGCCCCGUCUCAACGGGUGGAUUAGGAUAAGGCGACGGCACAGGACAGCUCCAUUGUCCAUCUGCGUUUUCCUUUUAAUCUUCCCUAUUUAAAAAAGCCUUAAUUGAUUUGUCCCGUUGAAUCUUUACAAUGGAUCCUGCUGCUAAUGAGUGACCACGCCUCUUACUUUCACUUUUGUCGUCCACACUUAACCACUAAUCCUAAUGUUGGACAUAAAAAUAAAA